AUGAGUCGGCAGCUGAAUGCAAGAGCUUUGGGUGGACGGAGGGGGUUUAGUGCCGGCUCUGCAGUUGUUUUUGGAGGGGGCAGGAGCAGUACAUAUUCACCAAGCCGGAGGAGCAAGGGAGGAGCAAGUGCAAGCUGUGGCUUUGGCAGUAGAAGUCUCUACAAUCUUGGGGGGACGAAAAGCAUUUCCCAGAGUGUGGUUCCUGGAGGUGUUCGAGGAGGAGGUGGAUUUGGUGGCUGUGGUGGGUGGGUCAACGGCAACUUUGGCAAUGGAAGAAAUGGACCUGGCUUUCUUUCUUGUUCACCGGGUAGCAUCCAGGAAGUGAUAAUUAAUCAGAGCCUCUUGGAACCACUUAACUUAGAAAUUGACCCUGAGAUCCAAAAAGUGCGCAAAGAAGAAAGAGAGCAGAUCAAGAACCUAAACAACAAGUUUGCUUCCUUUAUUGACAAGGUUCGAUUCCUAGAGCAGCAGAAUAAAGUCCUGGAGACCAAAUGGAAUCUGUUGCAACAGCAGCCUAUCUCCCAUGUGAAAAGCAAAAUUGAUCCGAUCUUUGAGGCCUACAUCCAAAGCUUGAGGAAGCACCUGGACUCUCUGCAUGGUGAAAGGGGAAGGCUGGGAUCAGAACUGAAGAACAUGCAGGAUCUAGUGGAAGAUUUUAGGCAUAGAUAUGAAGAUGAAAUUAACAAGCGCACAGCUGCAGAGAAUGAAUUUGUGCUGCUCAAAAAGGACGUGGAUGCUGCUUAUAUGAACAAGGUGGAGCUGGAGGCCAGGGUAGCUUCUCUCACGGAUGAACUCCACUUCCUGAGAUGCCUGUAUGAGGCGGAGCUGGAACAGCUGCAAGGACAGAUAAGUGACACCAGCAUCAUCCUCUCAAUGGAUAACAAUCGGGACCUGGACCUAGAUAGUAUCAUAGCUGAAGUCAAAGUCCAGUAUGAAGAUAUGGCCAACAGGAGCAGAGCAGAAGCAGAUGCCAUGUACCAGAGUAAGUUUCAGGAACUUCAGCUCACAGCUGGGAAGCAUAAUGAUGCCUUGAAAAACUCCAAAGUGGAGAUUUCUGAGUUGGGCCGGCUGAUCCAUAGACUGAGAGCAGAAACAGAAAAUGUGAAGAGACAUUGCACUCUUCUUCAGUCAUCUAUUGCUGACGCUGAAGAACGUGGAGAGAUUGCCCUCAAGGAUGCAAAGGAAAAGCUGAUGGACUUGGAGAAUGCUGCACAGAAAGCAAAGGAGGAGCUGGCACGUCUUCUGCGGGACUACCAGGAACUCUUAAACAUCAAGCUAGCACUGGAUAUUGAAAUUGCCACCUAUAGGACACUCCUGGAAGGAGAGGAAUACAGGAUGUCUGGAGAAUGUGGCAGUGCUGUAAACAUAUCUAUAUUCAGCAACAGCAGCAUGGCAGGAGGAAGUGGACUGAGCCGUGGAGGAGGAGGGCAUAGCAUUGGAGGAGGUUGUUCAAGUUUUGGAAGUGGCAGGGGCAUUGUGGGAUAUAGUUCUGGAGGUGGAGGCAGCUGUUCUGGCCUGAAAAUCAUAUCAACCACAUCUACAAGCAAAAGGACAACCAGAAGCUGAGCCAUAUUUAUACUUCCCCACAGAAGCAAGUCGACUACCUACAUCCUUGAAGCUUGUCAAUACAAAAUGCCUGCUGUGGAGAAACCUGCCCUUUGUGUGCUAUAGGGAUGUGUAUGAACCUCAGGUUCAAUGCUGAAGCAGUUUGGACAAGGUCCAAACUGGUUUGGUGCUGUGGGGAGAGGAUCA